GCAAGGACAUCGCGCGAAGGCGGAGAUCCGCGCUGUCAACCAGGCGUACCUCUGGUUCUGCUUUAUCCUCAUCUUCGUCAUCUUCAUCACCUUCAAGAGCUGGUUCUCCAUCCUCUGGCUCUGGGUCGUCCCCUUCUCGAUGUUCUACUACACGAUGGUGACCCACUCCUUGCCGUACUGCAUGAAUGGGUGGACGGCCUGCCCGGGGCACACGAUGCCGUGCAUGUGCUUGACCUUUGCGCUGACGUCGCUCACCAUGUUGAGCCUCUUCAUCCUGAAGCACGGAUGCUUCAUGUUCCCGUGCCUCUGCAAGGAGGAAGUCCCCGGCUGGCUCUUCUUCCCCUCCUCCACAGCGCUCACCUCGCCGCUGCGAGGCAUCUUCGACGUCAACCUGUGGUUCUUCGAACGGCCCGUCACUCGGCUCAUCGACUGGUUCACCGCAGCCGCGUGGGACGACGACUGCCGCUGGGAGCCGACGGCGAGCAGCUUCAAGUCGCAGGCCUUCAUGUGGCGCGUGUGGCGCGUCACCGGCAUUGGCCCCGAUGAGUGCCUCAAGCCUACAUACGGCGGCUGCAGCGACCCGUGGGAGAGGGACGACACUCUGGCUGAUGAGGAGGUGAACGGCGGCUCGCUGGGGACGCUCGGCGGCUUUGACAACCAGCGGCAGGGAUGAGGCCCCCGGUAAGCGUCUUUUCUUUAUGUAGCAUUGGAGGUAGGUUAGGGCCAGCACCGCAGCGUGUGAUGACCGUUGUAUAGUGUGUACCAUUUGGGCAAACGGCGCGCGA